AUGAUUCUGGAGUCGCGCGUGUACGACGUGGCAGAAGAAACUCCGUUGCAGAAAGCACCGGUGUUGACUCAUGCGCUACAAAACCACGUGUUGCUUAAGCGCGAAGACCUGCAGCCAGUAUUCAGCUUCAAGAUUCGAGGUGCCUACAACAAAAUGGCCAGUCUUUCUGAAAAGGAAAGAGCUGUGGGCUGUGUAUGCUGCUCGGCUGGUAAUCAUGCGCAAGGCGUGGCACUAUCAGCUCGCAAGCUUGGGAUCCGUGCCAAGGUCGUCAUGCCUUUGGCCACGCCUGAUAUCAAGGUGAAUGCUGUGCGCCAACACGGUCAAGAGUUGGUAGACAUCAUUUUGUUUGGAAAGACAUUCGAUGACGCAGCCCUUGAGGCCCACAGAUUGGUGGAACAGGAGAAACUAACGCUGAUUUUACCUUUCGACGACCCAUACGUCAUUGCUGGUCAGGGUACAAUUGGCAUGGAGAUCCUUCAGCAGACAAGCGGAAAUGGUGAAAAGUUGGACGCCAUCUUUGUAGCGUCAGGAGGAGGUGGUAUGCUUGCUGGUAUCGCGGCUUGGGUCAAACAGAUCCGACCGAGUGUAAAGGUGAUUGGUGUCGAAGCAGCUGAUGCCGCGGGUAUGACAAAAUCGCUCCAAGCUGGAAAAGUGGUUGAAUUAGAUCACGUUGGACUCUUUGCGGAUGGCGCGGCGGUUAAAAAGGUAGGAGCCGAGACAUUUCGCGUAUGCUCCGCGUACGUAGACGAAAUGGUGACGGUUUCGACGGACGAAAUCUGCGCUGCGAUUAAGGCGGGAUUUAACGAUACGCGUGCCAUUCUGGAGCCGGCUGGUGUCUUGUCAAUUGCUGGAAUGACGCAGUACGCCAAGACACGAGGCCUCUCAGGCUGUCAAUUUGUUGCAGUCACAUCUGGUGCCAAUAUCGACUUUGCACGUCUUCGCUUUGUGUCGGAACGUGCAGAUUCACAUGAGAGCUUACUUGCUGUGGAGAUCAAUGAGAGUCCAGGUGCUUUCCUGCGGCUUAACCACCGACUUGACACGGCGGGUGUCCGCAUCACCGAGUUUAGCUAUCGUUAUGCUAAUACCCAGAAAGCUCGCGUGCAUUUGUCGUUUCACUCGCCAACCGCUGAUCACGCAGAAGCUGCUAUUCAAACUUUGAAGGACGAGAUGUCGUUCCGCGGAGAUACUUUCCAGGUUCUGGACCUGUCCAACAAUGAGCUGGCGAAAGUACACACGCGAUACUUGGCUGGCGGUAGAGCUCGUGGUGGGGUGAAGAAUGAGCGACUGUAUCGCUUUGAGUUUCCGGAUCGCCCUCGUGCUCUAGCAACGUUUUUAGAGGCCUUACAACCGACUUGGAAUAUCAGCCUUUUCCAUUAUCGAAACCAUGGCGCCGACGUUGGGCGGGUACUUGUGGGCUUCCAGGUCUCUGAGAACGAUUUGGUUCGCUUUCAAACGUUUCUUGAUCAGUUGGCCUAUGUCUUUCACGAAGAAACAGACAACAACAUGUAUCAGCAGUUUAUGCUCUAA